AUGGCGGAACAAAACCCCAUGAUGACGCUCCAGGCGGAGCUCUCUCGUUUCCGCAAAGCGACACUCAACUCGGCCGUCAGUGACGCCGACAAGCUCCUCGACCUGCUCGUUCAGGCGAGAGAGCAAAUCGCCAAUGCGUCCGAUCCGCACCGCGCGAGCUUGACCAUGACCAAGCUUCAGAAUCCAGUCAACGCAGGCUUCGAGGCAAUUAACAAUGACUUGAAGGAAGUAUCAAAAGCACAAAAGACCUUUGGCAAAGCCCUCGACAAGCGACCCCUCUCGACAGAUUACGAUGCGAUGGCCUCAUAUCCCUCCCUGAUCAACCGCGCCGUCGCCAUGCACAUGCUGCGCGAGGGCCAGUUCAGCGUGGCCUCGACCUUCCUCCGUGAAGCCCACGAGCGGCCUCCCCCUUCCUCCCCGAACCACCCCGCCCUCGAUACCGACAUACACUCGCUGCAGUCCCAGGAGCUCCAGGACAAAUUCGCCAACAUGUACGAGAUCCUGCACGAGCUCAAGAAUAGGAACCUCGUCCCCGCUAUCGAAUGGGCGCGGCUCAACGGCGAUGAGCUCGAGGCCCGCGGCUCCAACCUGGAGUUUGAGCUCAGCAAACUUCAGUUCGUCUGGCUCUUCAAGGGUCCCGAGAUCAACGGUCUCCCCGACGACGCUCGCAACGGCCGUACGGGAGCCCUCGCCUACGCGCAGGCCAGUUUCGGCCGCUUCCAGGCUCGCCACCUCAAGGAGAUCCAGCAGCUGUCGUGCGCCAUGGUGUACGCAUCCAACAUCGGCCAGUCGCCCUACGCAAACGUCUUCGAUACCUCGGCCGCCUUUGACGACGUCGCCCUUUCCUUUACGCGCGAGUUCUGCUCCCUGCUCGGCCUGUCCGCCGAGUCGCCCCUCUACGUCGCCGCCACGGCGGGCGCCAUUGCCCUGCCGCAGCUCAUCAAGUACACCACCUACAUGAAGGCCAAGCGCACCGAGUGGACAACGGAGAACGAACUCGCUUUCGAGACGCCCCUGCCCCGCAGCAUGAUCUACCACCCCAUCUUCGUCUGCCCUGUCAGCAAGGAGCAGACGACGGAGCAGAACCCGCCUAUGAUGUUGCCGUGCGGCCACGUCAUCUGCAAAGAGUCGCUGCAGCGUCUGACUAAGGGAUCCCGCUUCAAGUGCCCGUACUGUCCCAACGAGGGCCACAUCAAGGACGCUCGGGAGAUCAAGCUGUAG